AUGGGAGAUUUACCGUCGUACAGAAUAACACCGUCUCGUAGCAUCCAACAUACAGGGAUAGAUUACGCAGGUCCGAUCGAAAUUAGAACGGGGAAAGGUCGGGGAUACAAAUCAAUUAAAGGAUAUUUUUGCAUUUUUGUUUGUAUGGUUACUCGAGCUGUACAUUUAGAAGCAGUGACAGAUUAUAGAGCCAAAACAUUUAUUUUAACAUUAAUUAGAUUUGUCUCACGAAGAGGAUUACCCAGUGACAUUUACAGUGAUAACGGGACAAAUUUUCGUGGUGCCGACAAAGAAUUGAAAGAAGCUUGGCGAAAUGUAACCAUUGAAAAGAGCGUACAGAAUCAUGUUUUGGAUAAAGGUAUAAGAUGGCAUUUUAAUCCUCCACAUGCUCCCCACUUUGGAGGUUUGUGGAAAGCUGGAGUAAAAAGUGUAAAAUCUCAUUUUAAACGCGUGAUAGGAAAGCAAACUUUAACAUUUGAAGAGUUGAUUACUUUACUUUGUCAAGUAGAGGCGUGUUUAAAUUCUAGACCAAUAGCAGCUUUAUCAAAUACAGCGGAUGAUUUCAACUACUUAACACCAGGACAUUUUUUAAUAGGGGCACCUCUUCUAAGUAUUCCACACACAUCCGAAACUAGCCCUAAUAAAGAUCGGUUUGUACGUUGGAAUCUUGUUCAACGUAUGAUGGAAGACUUUUGGAAACGUUGGUCCAUUGAAUAUCCUCAAGGACUGCAAAAACACUAUAAGUGGAACAAAAUUACAAAGAAUAUCCAGAAGAAUGAUUUGGUACUAAUUCAAGAUCCUGAAAAUUUGAAAAUGAAAUGGACUAUGGGAAGAGUAAGUGAAGUUCAUCCUGGUAAAGAUAAUUUAGUUCGAGUAGUAUCAGUAAAAACUAGCAAGGGUACAUAUCGUAGACCUAUAUCACAAAUAUGUUUAUUACCUCUUCAGCAGGAAAAGCUUGAUUAA